AUGAUUUUGACAUCUGGGGUUGUGUUUUUGACAAUGAAAAUGCAGUUUUCAAGAAUCUUGAUUUUGUUCUUGGUGGCAUUUGUUUUCUCUUCUUUUCCAUUUUCAGCUUAUGGAGAAGAUGAAGUUGUUGUUUCUGAGAAAAUGGCUUUGUUGGAAAUCAAGAAAUCAUUCAUUGAUCCUUUUGGGAUUUUGUUGAGCUGGAAAUCAGACAAUUCCAGCUACUGUUCUUGGUAUGGAGUGUCGUGCAACGCGAAUUCAUCAAGAGUUUCAGAGUUGAGAAUCAGAGGUAACAGUACUAAUGCUAAUAAACUUGUUGGGAAUCUGUCUCAUGCUGUUGCAUAUCUCGAGGAGCUUCGGGUUCUGUCUCUUCCAUUUCAUGAUCUUACUGGUGAAAUUCCAGUUCAGAUAUGGGAAUUACAGAAUCUUGAAGUUGUUGAUGUGCAAGGGAAUGCCAUUCAGGGGGAUUUUUCAAGUUAUAAUUUUACGAGGUUGAGAAAGCUGAGAGUUCUUAACUUGGGAUUUAACAGAAUUGUAGGGAGGUUUCCACCUUCUCUAGCAAAAUGUAGGUGUUUGAGUGUAUUGAAUUUAGCAGGAAAUGGUGUAAAUGAUGUCAUUCCAGGGUUCAUUGGUGGUUUUGAGAAGUUAAAGGUGCUGAAUUUAUCGUUUAAUCGAUUGAUUGGACGUGUUCCUGUUAACUUUGGAGUUAAAUGCAGGGAUCUUGAGCAUUUAGAUUUGUCAUUUAAUUUCCUACAAGGGGAAAUUCCGCGUGUAUUGGGGAAAUGUAGCCACUUAAGGACAGUUUUGUUGAGUUCGAAUGCAUUUUCUGGAGUAAUCCCUUCUGAGCUUGGAGGGCUUCUAAAGCUUGAAGUUCUAUUGCUUAACAACAAUUCAUUUACUGGUGAGAUUCCCUCAAGUUUGGAAAAUUUGACAUCACUUCAUGUAUGCAACAUCUUAUUCAACAACUUAUCGUUUUUAUCUGAUAAUAAGAUGAUAAGAAGGUGUAGCUUUCUUGGAAACUUUUUUCUUUCAGUCACGCCAAGGAUGUCGUUGGCUUUAGCACCACCGAUGAGUCAACAAUCGAAUGAGUCCCAAAGUGUUGCAGCUCCUCCACAAGGGUCUGAUCAGUCUAGAAAUGAUAAGAGAGGACUUACUGCCUUAGAGAUUGCUGGUGCAGUAUCUCUAACUCUUGUUUUUGUUGCUGCUCUUGCUGUCCUCGUUGCCUUGUGUAAGAACGGAAAGAAGAAGCCAUCAAAUCCUAGAAUUGAAGCCUCGAUAUCACCUGAAGUAAGCGAUAUUACAAUCUUCAAUGACGUUGGAGUAGUUUUAACUUAUGAAAAAAUUGUUCAGGCUACUAGACACUUUAGCUGGAGCUACUGCAUUGGAACUGGUGGUUUUGGUUCAACGUAUAGGGCAGAAAUCUCCUCUGAACUUACACUGGCUGUUAAGAGGCUCCUAACUGAAAGAUGUCAAGGAGCUAUCCAGUUCGAGGCAGAAAUUCAGGCCCUCGGAACCAUAAGUCACCCGAAUCUCAUUACACUGAUCGGGUAUUAUACAAGUUACACUGAUAUGUUCCUUGUAUACAACUUUCUCCCGGGAGGCAACUUAGAGAAAUACAUACACGAGAGAGCAAACAGAGUUUUUAACUAUAAAGUGUUGCAUAAAAUAGCCCUGGACAUUGGUUUAGCUAUAUCAUUUCUACAUGAUCAGUGUGAUCCACGUAUUAUACACCGGGAUGUCAAGCCUAGUAAUAUCCUAUUGGACAAUGAGUUAAACGCUUAUUUGUCCGAUUUUGGUUUAUCAAAGAUCAUGGGAAGAGGCACCAGCAGCACCACAAGUGUAGCAGGAACAUUUGGUUAUGUUGCACCAGAAUACGCCUUAACAAGUCGUGUGUCUGACAAGGCUGAUGUUUACAGCUAUGGUGUCGUCCUGCUAGAGCUUCUCUCAGACAAACGAGCAUUAGAUCCUUCUUUUUCUGUGUAUGAGGACGGAUUCAACAUUGUUUCAUGGGCAAACAUGAUGUUGCACGAUGACAAGAUUGAAGAUAUCUUCUAUACAAGUUUAUGGGAACCAGAUUCUGAGGAAAAGUUGAAGGACAUGCUGCAUUUGGCUCUGAAGUGUACAGCAGACCUUCCUAACAGGCCGCGGAUGAUUCAAGUCGUCGAGCAGCUGAAGAAUCUUGAACCUGAUUUUGUGCCUUGA